AUGUGCAGCCUGUGGGACUACCUCCUGACGGACCCCCUUGUGGCGGCACUGGCAGGGUGUCGUCGGGCGAGUGAGGGCAAUGUGUUCCACUUGGGCUCCUCUGACGUCGAGCGGUUCGGUGAUGUCCAGGAAGUCACGGUCGACGUCGGAUAUUUCUGCAGGCCGUCAGAACACAUAGUGAUCGUGGCGAAUCAACAGUCUUUUCUCCCGAUAAGAACCACGUGCCAUCUCCUGAACGCCUCCCUCCCUGUGCCUCGCUCGCAGGAAGACAACAGGCGCCUGAUGGACGAGUUCGCGCCCUUCCUGGACGCGUGCAGCCCCGGCAGCAUCUACAAGUUGUGGCUCGGCAUCAGGGACGAGAUUGAGGAGGGAACUUGGGUCGACGGGGAGACCAAUGAGCCCCUGGCUUUUCUCAACUUCCAGCAUCCUUUCCCAAACGGUGGGCUUCGUCACAGCUGCGCCCAUAUGAUAGAUCUUGGCACUUGGGCUGAUGUGCCUUGCUCUGUCAAGACCUGUGGAGCAUGUAGCAUGGCUCGCUCAGACUUCCUGUUCCUCCGCGGGCUGUGCUUCGAUAAAGAACACGAGACAUACUUCCGUAUUGAUGGUUAUGUGGAAGGAAGACCGCUGUUUCGUGGUUAUUACCAUCACGUGAUCGUCUGGCAGCGAGCCGAGAACCGCUGGCUACUCCGGGAUCUAAGAAUUAAUAACACUGUAGCUUGGCUGGGGAUGAGGGACGAGGCAAAGUACCCACUGGGCUACCACGUGUGGUUGUUGACGGGCGUCCCCUGUGUUGAAGAAGAAACCACCGAGAUUCCUCUUAGCCUCUCCAUCUGUGCCAACAACCAAUUCAUGUGCAAAUCUGGCCACUGCAUUGAGCACGCUUACCGUUGCAACCUAAGGUACGACUGCCAAGACGGCAGCGACGAGGACGAGUGUGAUAUUGUGGCGGUGAACAGUGCCUAUCGCCGCCACCUGCCGCCUCGAGGCCUUGGAGACACGGCACUCGAACUCGUUCCGUCUCUCAUGCUGACCCGAGUGGCUUCGGUGGAUGACAUGGAGAUGGCGCUCGACCUCGAGUUCAUAGUAGCGAAGACGUGGAGGGACGACAGGCUGCUGUUCAGGCACCUGCAUGUGGCCAACAAGACGCUUAUCCCCGAUAGAGAAGUGAGCAAGAUCUGGACGCCCAGAAUCCUGAUCCUCAACGUUGAAGGCGGGCAGAUGAAGCAUCUUGAUUCUUCGGUUGUGAUCAGAUCUGCAAAGAAUGCUACUUUACCCAACUUUAAUGACAUCAAUCGAGACCUGCUGUACCCCGGCGCUGACAACCCCAUCACGCUGAGCCACCAGUAUGCGGGGAGGUUCACCUGCGCCUUCGACCUCUACGUGUACCCCUUCGACGUGCAGCUGUGCAGCGUCGACCUCGGCCUCCCAUGGGCCGACGGCAGCACCCUCUUCGCGGAGUUCGGCGGGACAGCGAAGUACAUCGGCCCCGAAGACCUUGCUCUCUACUCUGUGAAGCACGUCGCGCUUGAGGUGAAGCCCGGAGGCACUCACAUCCAACUCAAGUUUGAGCUCCACCGUCGGCCAGGGAUGGUCUUGCUCUCGACCUUCCUGCCGUCUCUGCUUCUGUUGGCGGUGAGCUGGGCGACGCUCUUCGUCAGGCUGGAGCUCCUGCAGGUGCGGGCCAUCAUGUCCCUGACGACGCUCCUCGUGCUCUACACGCUCUUCACCAACUUCUCCCGCACGAUGCCCAACACGGCGGCCAUCAAGCUCAUCGACGUGUGGUUCUUCUGCGUCAUCUUCCUCCUCUUCCUCAACAUCAUGGUGCACAUUUUCAUCGAAGACCUCAUCCCGGCGUCGGACAGAAAGGUCAUGACAGUUGCUCCCGCCGACGCAAAGGCCCAACCGACGAAGCGAUGGAAGAGAGAGAAAGUAGUUGGGAUUUACAGGUUAUUCAUCUAUCCGGCUAUCUUUAUCUUGGUGAAUUUGAUUCUUGGACUGAUGGUCCUCCUGUACUAA